AUUCAUUCUCCCUUUAUAUUUUACUUCCUCACUAUUUUGGCUCCCUGGUUGACUCUUGACAAACAGAUAGAGAUAAGGAGCAGAUCUAGAGAGCAGUCACAACUCAAAUCCAUCCAAGUUGAAAGAAGAAAUUAAGGAAGAAAUCGAAUUAUAAUCUUUCAAAAGUAAGUUGAUUGCAAAGCAAAGAGCUUAGAAAGGGAGUUUGCUAAAGUUCGGUGUUGCUGGAAAUUUGAGGUUUUAUCGGAGACUUGCAUCUCCCUAUAUAUUUUAGUUCAUUAAGGUGCACAAAAAUCACAUAUAUUCUAUCUCAACAAGUCAACACGUCCAUGGCAUCUUCAUCCUCUUCCCGUUCCGCUUUGGCCUUUUCUUCUCAACCAUGGAAGUACCAUGUUUUUCUUAGUUUUAGAGGAGAAGAUACUCGUAAGACCUUUGUGGAUCAUCUCUAUACAGCUCUUGAACAACAAGGGAUCCACACUUACAAAGAUGAUGAAACACUUCCUCGGGGUGAAUCAAUCGGCCCAUCCCUUGAGAAGGCUAUUGAAGAAUCACAAAUUUCAGUCAUCAUAUUCUCUAAAAACUAUGUUGAUUCUUCAUGGUGCUUAGAUGAACUUGCAUAUAUUAUGAAAUGCAAGGAUAGGAAAGGGCAAAUUGUUAUGCCCAUAUUUUAUGAUGUGGAGCCCUCUAUAGUGCGAAAACAAAAACAAAUAUAUGGAGAAGCAUUUUCCAAACACGAGUUGGAGAACAACAAGAAGGUUGAAUCAUGGAGAAAAGCACUUGUGGAUGCAAGCAGCAUUUCUGGAUGGGAAAUCAAGCUCAUGGCCAAUGGGCAUGAAUCGAAGGGCAUUAAAGAAAUUGUUGACACAAUUUCACAUAGGUUGUGUCCACUAACUUCAAGUGCAAAUGAAAACUAUAUUGGAAUUGAGGCUCGCAUGAAAGAUUUGAAGUCAAAGUUAGAAAUUGGCUCGGGCGGUGUGCGCAUGAUUGGUAUAUGGGGGGUUGGGGGUGGUGGUAAGACUACUCUUGCAUUAUCUAUUUAUAGUGAAAUAUCUAGCCAGUUUGAUGGUUUCUGCUUUGUUGAAAAUAUUCGGGAGGAAUCAAGCAGAUAUGGUUUGGAAAAAUUGCAGAAAAAAAUUCUCUCAGAUGUUUUGAAAAAAACCGAAAUGGAGGUAAAUAAAGUUGGAGGAAAAUGGUUGCCAGAUGAUAGGCUUCGCCGUAUAAACGUCUUGAUUGUUCUUGAUGAUGUCGAUCACCAUGACCAACUAAAAGCAUUAGCUGGAUCACAUAAUUGGUUUGGUGAAGGAAGCCGAAUAAUUAUCACAACUAGAGAUGAACAUGUAUUAACUGCACACAAAGUAGAUGUGAUACACAAUAUUACCUUGUUAAGCGAUGAUGAGGCUAUGAAUCUCUUCUGCAAGCUUGCACCCCAGGAAUACAGAUCUAAGGAAGAUUAUGAGCUACUUUCAAAAGAGGUGAUUUCUUAUUCUGGUGGGCUCCCUUUAGCACUUACAGUUCUUGGUUGUUUUCUGUGUGACAAAGACAUUAAUACGUGGAGGAGUGUAUUAGCCAGACUGAAAAAGAUCCCGGAGACUGAUAUUGUGGAAAAGCUAAAAAUCAGCUAUGAUGGACUUAAACCAGUUGAAAAAGAAUUGUUCCUUGAUAUUGCGUGUUUCUUCAGAAGGCGGUAUAAAGAUGAAAGGAUAAUGGCGAUGUUUGAUGCUUGUGGUUUUUACCCUGGUAUAGGCAUAAGGGUGUUGACAGAAAAGGCUCUCAUAACCAUUUCGGAUGGAAGGUUUGAUAUGCAUGAUCUGGUGCAAGAAAUGGGACACUACAUUGUCAGAGGGGAACACCCUAACAAUCCCGAAAAACAUACUAGAGUUUGGAAGAAGGAAGAUGUUCUGAAAGUAUUUGCUACGAAUGCGACGGAGGAACUUGACAUGAUUCAAGCAAUAAGAUUUGAAUGCUAUUCGUAUGGUCCAGUAGAACUCCUUCCUCCGGUUGUUGCAAACAUGAAAAAUCUGCGGUGGGUUGAUUGGAGAGGUUAUUAUGCAAGUCCUUUUCCUACUAACUUUCCACCAAGGGAGCUUUGUUGUCUAAUAUUGGAUUGCUACUCCCAGAAACAACUUUGGAAGGGUUAUAAGUUACUUCCGAAUUUGAAAAUCAUGGAACUCUAUGAUUUGAAAAAACUAAUCACGACGCCAGACUUCGAUAGACUUCCAAAUCUUGAAAGAUUUGUUCUUCAUGGAUGCCGGUGUUUAAAAGAGAUUCAUCCUUCGAUUGGACGCUUGAAAGGACUUGUUUUCUUGUCUAUAGAAUUUUUUCCCAGUCUUAAGAUAUUUCCACCCAUUACCCAACUAAAGGAACUCGAGACCCUUUCGUUAUCAUAUUGGCACAAACUUGUCAAGCUCUUAGAGAUCCAACAACAGAACAUGGACAAUUUACCACAACUUCAUCCGGAUAGUAGUGGGAAAGAAGUUAAAAAAUCUUCAACAAACUUUUCAGUUACUUGUUGGACGUGUGGUGACACUGAAGUUAAGAAACCAGGAGAGGACCUCAUUGAUGUAGAAGAAUGCUGUUUAGAAGAGCCUUUUUCACCUCACAACAACAUGAAGCUCCACACAGUGUUGUGGCUAUUUCCUAGAGGGUUAAGAAAGUUGGAUCUCUGGUUCUGCAAUUUGGGGGAUAAAGAGAUGGGGUCUGCUGUUUGGGAUUUACCCAACUUGGAAGAACUCAAUCUAGCAGGAAAUUAUUUUUCACGAUUAAAUUUUAGUCUGUUGAGACUUCCUCGGCUCAAAUGGCUCAAUGUGUCUGGCUGUGAAAACCUUGUAGGAUUGUCAGAGUUGCCAUCAAGCAUAGCCGUUCUUAGAGCGGAUUGGUGUACAUCACUUAAAAGCCUUGGAGAUAUUUCAAACUGUAAAUGGUUGUGGAAAGUCUCACUUCGUGGUGAUAAUGAACUAGGUCCACUUGUUAGUGACAUAUUGCUAGACUCCGUGCUCCAGGGAAAUGCUAUUGAACAUCACUUUAUCAGUGUCGCUCUUGCACAUCAAAUCACUCCAAAGAGGUUUGUAGGUAGGCUGUUUAGGAGGACAACAUUUACACUGGAUCUUCCACAUGAUUGGCAGGAGGUAGAUCAAGAUUCCCAAUCCGAGCUUUGGCAGGAGUCUAAUAAUGAAGCACUGGCUCCUAAAUAUGAUGAAACAGCGACAUUCCUAGGCUAUGUUUCCUUUAGUUCAUUGAGGCACACCACAUCCUUGAAUUCAUCAUACAAUAAGAUUUCAUUUUCCUUAGACAUCAGGUAUGAGAAGUCAUUAUAUGGUAAGACUUAUAUUGGAGCUGAGCUCAUUCCUAAGGAACAAAAAGGCGAUCAGGUGCAAACAAGUUGCUCAGAAUUUUGGGAUGGUGAAGGUAAAUAUAGAGACAUAUUUAGGAUCCAGAAUGAUUCUGUCAAGAUCUUAUGGCAACCUGACAACGACACCUCUCAAAGCGGCAUGGAAGUGGUUUUCAAAGUGAAUGUACAGAAUGCUAAAGAAAAAAGAGAGGCUAUGAAGGCAGUUUCCAGCGUUGCAGGGAUCCGAUCGAUAGCUAUGGAUAUGAAACACAAGAAAUUGACGGUGAUCGGAGUUACUAACCUAGUUGUUAUCAUCAGCAAACUUAGAAAGCGUUGGGACACAAAGGUUCUGAGUGCUGGCCCAGCCAGAGGUUUGUGGAAGCUUAUAGGGCCUACAAUCCUUUCAUGACACAUUACUCUGUUCACAAAUUAUACAAGAGUAUACACAUGUACCUAGUGCAUCUUUUCUUGUACGCUUUAAAUAUCUUUGGAAUAUAUGGAUAUUCCAGCGGAAUGGUGGUCUGGAUGAUGGCGACGGAGGUGGUAGUGGUGGUAGCAGUGGGGUGGUGAUGAGAAAUUAUGGUUGUACUAUGUUUGUGUGUCCUGAAUACAAAGGCAAAACAAUCAUUCUUGAAAUGAAAUUUAACCAAACUUGUGACCAAAUAAGCACCAAUAGAGUCUAAUUUUAAGCUACAUGUUACUCCAAAUCCAUUCUCCAACUUAAAGGAGAUGAAUUUUGAUAGAAAUUAUGGUUGUAGUAUGUUUGUGUGUUCACUAUAUAUUAUAAAAUCAGGAUUCUGCUACA